UCUACUUCUACCCCCGUGAAAAUGGAAGCCAACGUGGUGGUCCUGGGAGCAGACAGCGUGGGAAAGUCAGCUCUGACGGUGCGUUUCCUUACCAAAAGGUUCAUUGGGGAAUAUGGAGACAUGGAGUCUAUCUACACUCACAGUUUGGCAGUAGAAGGCAAAGAGAUUCUUUUCCACAUCUGGGACUUUCCUUGCUCGCAGGAGAAGUCAGAGGAGAACUUGUCCAAAGAUAAACGCAUCCAGUGGGCUGACGGCUUUGUCUUGGUCUACAGCAUCUGUGACCGUGCCAGCUUCGACAGCGUCCAGCCCAAAGUCCAGUUCAUCAAAGCCGCCAAGGAAAGCCCAAGCCAGGAGAAAGUGCCCAUUGUUAUUGUGGGCAACAAGCGAGAUCUACACCAUCACCGGGAGGUAUCCAGCGAAGAGGGGCGUCUCCUGGCCCUCUCCAUGGACUGUGAGUUCUACGAGGUCUCGGCAGCCGAAGCCUAUCACGGAGCACUCAUGGUCUUCCAUGGCUUAGCAGAACGCAUCUGUGAGGCCAAGUUGGCCUUGAAGAAAGGCACAGGAAUCCGGAAUAUUGUCAAGAGCGUAUCUGCUGUUUUUGCUCGGAAAAGAACAGACUCAAUGUGAAAAAAAAAAAAAAGAAAGCUAAUGUUCUGUAAACACUGUGGGAGAACAUCCUGUUUUUCCCCCCCUCUUAUUUGGGCAGAGUGGAGCAUGGAUUUUGCCACUGUGGAGUCAGCCUCCUCCUUCCGCUAAUCCUGAAGGAGAAUCAAUCCAAGGGGUGGUCUAUAGGGCUGUCCUGGGUGCAAAUUCAAGAAGAAUGGGGCUCUCCAAGGAAGGAAAUGGACAUGCCUGUCUCUUCAUGCUGAAAUGCCAGAAGAAAAGGAUUUGCCCAAGAGGAAAUUAACAUCUUCCCCAAAUCCACCUAAUAAGGUGGAAUUGGAAUUCGAGAGUCCUGAAAUAAUGUGCUACUAGUACUGUGCAAGCUCCAGUACUGUAGUCUCUUUGGUAUUUACAAAGAACUAUAUGGAUAAAACAUCCUCACUCUUUCCCCUAUAUAAACAGGGCUGAACCAAAGCUCAUCUAACCAUAGUUUACUAGAUUAACAACAGCUCAAUCUUUAACAAUGGGACACGGUGGCUCAGUGGCUAAGACGCUGAGCUUGUCGAUCAGA